AUGGCAUUGCCUCCAUGGAAUGAGCCCAGCCCCACCCUGAGUGAAACAUACAUUGCGGUGUCGAGCAGCGCCAAUAUUUUGGAGGGAAGGCUGUGGUGGAUCAUGCUGGCAAGCAUAGCAGGCGUGGCCUUGCUAGUGCUGCUCGUGGUUAGCGUGUGCGUCUACUGCAACACCAGGCGGAAGAUGCGCAGUCUGGAGCAGUUGGAGCUUCGGCAGCAGCGGCGAGUGGAGCGCGACGUGCGAAGGGCCUCCUUAGUGCUUCAGGGCCAUCACGUACACACCGACGUGGAGUGCAAUGAGGACGAGGACGAGGCGUACAACCUCCCGGUUAGUCCUGCGUUUUCCAUGGAGUUGAGUGAGGAAUAUGCAUAUGACUGUGACGUUGACGUCCGAGAGUAA